AUGGCCCCGACACGAGAGGUCUAUCGGCGCGUUCGGACCGCGCGUCGAGAGUGUCGCUAUGACGUCUCCGAGACGGCCGCCCGCCGCUCCGAGAGCAACGGCGGCUUCCAGUUUGACGCGAGCCAUGUCUGGCUGGACACGCCCGAGGUCCGCUUUGUACACGCCGUAUCCACGAGCACGGACGACACCGACGCAAACACCGAGAGCAACACGGCGUCCAAUGUCUCCACGCCCGCCCAGCCGUCGCCGGCGGCAGACACCGGCGUGUCGUUUGACGACGAUGGCCACGUGCCUGCAUUGGCAACAGAAACAGAACACGCCGUCCACCAGCCCGUCCCAGAGCCCGUUUCGACACCGGCGUUUCCCGCAACCGCCCCGACGCCGUCGCACAAUGCAACCGACUUCGCCUCCCCGUACUCCACAACGAGCGGCGGCAGCCCCGACACCAUCGUGGACCCCGUGCAGUCUCUUGUCCGCAUGCGUGCGUCCGGCUCCGUCAUCUACACGCCCGGGCCAGCGCAGCCGCUGCGGGAUCCACAGAUUGCCGCCCUGCUCCAGCACUACACGCAACACCUGGCCGGCUGGUUCGACGUCAACGACCCGCACCGCCAGUUCGAGACGUUCGUUCCGUUUCUGGCCCUGAGCUGCCCGGUUCUGCUGCACGCCGUGCUCGCCCUGUCGGCGUGCCAUCUGCGCCGGCGCAAAGGGUCCCGAUACGGGGUCCACAGCAGCGCACUCAGCGGGCCGCACGACAAGCUGUAUGCCUCGCAGUUCCACGACCUGUGCAUCCAGGACCUCAUCCCGGCGCUCGCCGACCCGGCCACGGCGCUCGACAACGUGCUGCCCAUAUCGACGGUCGUGCUGCGCAUGUACGAGAUGCUGAGCUACGAGAGCGGCGGGGACAAGGAGGCGGCGGCGGACCGCGAGACGGACGCCCAGCGCAGCGCCCAGCGCAACGACCAGCGCAACGACCUGCGCAACGACCUCCACCGCCGCGGCUGCUCGUCGCUCUUCAUCCACAACCGCAAAAACAUUGGCUUCCGCGCGCUCAAGCGGACGGCCUUUUGGACGUACUUUCGCGAGGAGAUUAUGGUGGCCCUGGCGUCGCGCCGGCCGACGGCCAUCCUGCCGCGCCACUGGAAGGUCGACAUCACCUGGGGCGGCGACUACGACUAUGUCAAGACGGAGCAGAUGACGAUGCUCAUGGCCGAGGUGGUCGACUACUGUUUUGGGCAGGGGGGCGGCGGCGACGGCGACGGCGACGACAGCAACAACAGCAACAACAUCAACAACAUCGACAACAUCAACAACAACAAGUACAACAGCAACAACAAGUACAACAGCAACAACAGCAACAACAGCGACAACAGCAACAACAGCGACAACAGCGACACCCACCCCCCCGAUCGCUGGAGCGACCUGCAGCGGGAGGUCUCGGCGUGGCACGAAGCCCUGCCCGAGUCGUUCCAGCCGCUGGCCGUCCUCGACGACGGCGGGCCGUUUCCGCACGUCUUCUACCUCUGCACAUGGCACAUGAUUGCCAUGCAGUUCUACCACCUGGCCAAGGUGCUGCUGGCGCUGCACAAUCCCCACCCCGCGCGGGGGAUGGAUUUUCUCGGCUUUGCCAGAGCCGUCGAGACUGAGAUUCUCGAGCAUGCGCUGCAGCUGUGCGGCAUGACCAAAACAACGGGAGACAAGCACCCGGGCGUGCUCGUCAACGCCGUGCAGCCCCUCGUCCUAUGCGGUCGGAUUUUCAAGAAACCAGACGAGCAAGCGGAACUGGUCCACAUGCUGCAACGGAUCGAGGAGGUCACGGCUGUCAGCACGGCCCAGGGGAUACAAUCACUCAACGAAGCGUGGGGAAUGGGGUAG